CUUAUAUAACACUUCAUAUCGCUCAAAGUAAACCAUUUCAACAACAAUUGAUAUACCCAGCUUCUUUAAAGUAAAUCCAUCUUUAUCACAACUUUUCAUUCUCCAAGCAUCAUACCCAAUGGCCCUCACCAUCCCCGAGCCCUUUGCCAGCAUCCCCUACGAAUCCCUCCUCUUCGGCCCCUCGCCCAUCCAGCACCUCCCCCGUAUAUCCGCUGCCCUCGGCGGCAAAGUCACCGUCUACGCCAAGCGCGAUGACUGCAACUCGGGCUUUGCCUACGGAGGCAACAAAGUCCGCAAGCUAGAAUACCUCGCCGCCGAGGCCCUCGCCCAAGGCUGCGACACCCUCGUCUCCAUCGGCGGCGUCCAGUCAAACCACACGCGCGCCGUCACCGCCGUCGCCGCCAAGCUGGGCCUCAAGGCCGCCACCGUCCAGGAGCACUGGGUCGACUGGGACGACGCGCACUAUGAAAAGGUCGGCAACAUCCAGCUCUCGCGCCUCAUGGGCGGCGAUGUGCGGCUGGACCCGUCGGCCUUUGGCAUCGAGCACAAGCCGACGCUGGCCAACUUGAAGGCCGAGCUGGAGGGCAGUGGCAGGAAGCCGUAUUACAUCCCCGCGGGGGCGUCGGACCAUCCGCUGGGCGGGCUGGGCUUUGCGCGGUGGGCGCUGGAGGUGGAGGCGCAGGAGAAGCAGAUGGGCGUGUUUUUCGACACGGUGGUUGUUUGUGCGGUGACGGGGUCGACGAUGGCGGGGAUCGUGGCGGGUUUCAAGCUGGCGCAGGUGAAGCUGGGAUCACCGAAGCGUAGGAUUAUCGGGAUUGAUGCCUCGGGGAAGCCAAAGGAGACGUUUGACCAGGUGCUGCGCAUUGCAAAGUUUACUGCUGCCAAGAUUGGGUUGUCGGAGGCGGAUGUCACCGAGGCGGAUAUCGUGCUGGAUGAGAGAUUCAAUGCCAAGGUGUAUGGCAUUCCGGACGAGACGACGAUUGAGGCCAUGAAGUUUGGGGCUCGCACGGAGGCGUUCAUCACGGAUCCGGUGUAUGAGGGGAAGAGUCUGGCGGGCUUGAUGGGGUUGAUUAGGAACGGGGAGAUUGCGGGUGGGAAUGUGUUAUAUGCGCAUUUGGGGGGGCAGAUGGCGUUGAAUGCGUAUUCCUCUCUUUUAGACUGAUGGAUAUUGAGUCCGAUGCCGUGUUUCAAAUUUCUGAAUCCUUGUGUACAAGUGUCUUUGUUUGUAUCCUUCUAUCUUGUUGUACGUCAAUAUCCAAAUAGCAUCUCGAUGCCCCUUUUGAAACUUUUACUUUUUACAUCACCAUGUGCCGGUAACUCGCAAAUCCCUCGAGCUCUCUCCAACCGCAAACGUAAACUGCCCAUCUGGGAUAACCCAGUUCUGUCUCUCUACGUCCCAGUAGCUCAAAUCUCUCCUCGUCAGCACAAACUCCACCGUCUUCGUUUCUCCCUCUGCAAUGAGUAGCUUGUCAAAUCCGCGCAGAACCCUGACAGGAAAGUCGACCGUGUCUGACUCGGGGUACGAGAGGUAGAGCUGGGGGACGGCUUUACCACCACGUUGUCCUGAGUUGGUCACGUCGACAGUCACAGUUGCGAGGGGCUCCCACAGCGAUGGAUUGCCACCUUCGCCGCCUCCUGCACCGGAUAGGGGCUGCUGCACGUCGUAGCCGUCAGGAUAAGGAUACUUGCCCUUUUCGAUGUCGUCGACAGAUUCAAUGUAUGGGUAGAUGUAUUUUUUCAGUUUACGAAUGCUCGCCGGGUACAAUACCUCUUUAGCAUCGGGAAUGGUGGAGGGGAAUUGCGGCGGCUCAACCUCUGGUGCUGGUCGCUCAUCUGGCAGAGGUGACGUUGGUUUGGCCCCGGCAACUUGGAGAUUGUUGUAAUCAAACCGAGCAUAUGAAAGUCCGAAUCCAAAUUCGUAGCGUGGUUCGAUUUCAUACUUGUCAAAGUGUCUAUAGUCAAUGUAGAGGCCCUCAUUGAAAUCUUGCUGCGGGACAGCUCCGUUUGGCAAAUACAUGAUUUGUCCACCUUCUCCAUAAUCGUUGAGAGACUUGCCAAUAGUGUAUGGGAGCUUGCCACUUGGAUUCUCCUCGCCAAAUAUGAUGCUUGCGAGGGCGUUUCCACUCUCCUGGGCGGGCAAGUUGGCAGAAAUAAGUGCCCUUACACUGGGUAGAUCGAUCCAAGCAUCGACAGUCACAGGCCCAACAGAGUGAAUAAUGACUAUUGUUGUUCCUGAUCCGCCGCCGCAGUUGGCUGCAACUUCAGUGACGAGCUUUUCGCCGCCCUUUUGCACCAAGAGGUCGUUGCGGUCGCCGCGAACUCCCUCCCAGCUGCGAUACCCCUCGCCGGAGUCAGAGUUGAUGAAGACCAAGCAUAUGUCUUGGUUUUUGACGACAUCUGCUGCUGGCUUAUCAUUCUUUAGAUGCUCCGUGAGCUGGACUUUUUCUUUGUUGAAUUUGCCCCGGAGAGCCUCGACCGGCGAUACCAGGUAAGGAAACUCGACCGCGCCGCUUCCCCAGCCAGAACCAAGAGUGCCUUGGUUGCAUGAUCUGUCUUCGCAGUAAUUAGGUCCAUCGCCAGGACCUGCGUCUUCUCCGAAAAUGCCAAUCUUCACCUUGUCAUCUCUUUUGUUCGGCUUUUGGUUACCACUCAGCUCACCAUUAAAGCUAAGAGGGAGAACACCUUCGUUCUUGAGCAGAACGGUCCCCUCUGUAGCGAUCUGACGAGACAGGGUCGAAUGAUUGGCUUGCACAUUAACAAAUUUGUUGACUUCAAUCUUAUCUUGAGGCGAUGAACUAGCGGGUGAUGUGACACCCAUCUUGUCAUUUGUCCACGAAGAAAAGUUGGGCCCUUUCCUGUCAAACAGAGACGUAUCGUCCUGCCCAAGCUGAUACCACGACGCCACUAUGCGAACAACCAUAUCGUUAAGUCGUUCAAGGGGCAGUGAGCCAUUUAGGACAGCACGAGAGAGGUUAGGCCCCCAGAGCGAAUUGCCAUCUUGCCAACGCAGGCCAUCUCCCGGCAUGCUCAUGUCCAGUCCAGCCAAGGCACUUCCCACGCCCGAUCGCUGCGCCAGCCAGUCCGACAUGACAAAGCCCUGG